AGGGACGUCUGGUCCAGAUGGCCGGUGUGUAUUGUGGUGGUCCAGUCACAGUGACUUACGCACUAAUCUCAAAACACAAGCAAAUGCUGAAGUGCGAAAUAGUCGAAUGUGUAAGUGCACACACAUCUUCUGAUGUGCUCUUCUUGAUCUGCAUCUGCUGAUAUCUCGACUUGGUCUCGUGGUCUGGCUGGGAAGGCCCUUGCUCACUAGUGGCUCACUGCUGGAUAUUUCUGCAUUUGUGCUGGACCUGCAGAUAAAGCAGGCAGUGAAACAGCUAGAGGACGAAAUAAAACAUCACUGUAUUCAGAUGAGCGGCACACGGUUAGCUCUUCUCUGUCUGAUGGGCCCCCUGCUGGUUCGGGGCCAGAAUGACACGGAGCCCAUUGUGCUGGAAGGGAAGUGUUUAGUGGUUUGCGACUCCACUCCGACCACAGAACCCGCCGGGAGCGCUUUGGGAAUGUCGGUGCGCUCCGGAAGCGGCCGCAUCGCCUUCUCGGCUGUGAGGAACAACAACCACGAACCGUCUGAGAUGAGCAACCGCACCAUGACCAUAUACUUCGACCAGGUUCUGGUGAAUGUUGGGAGUCAUUUCGAUCCGGCACGGAGCGUUUUUGUGGCUCCUAGAAAAGGAGUGUACAGCUUCAGUUUCAAUGUGGUGAAAGUUUACAACAGACAAACUAUACAGGUGAGUCUGGUGUUGAACGGCUGGCCGGUGAUCUCGGCCUUCGCCGGCGAUCAGGACGUGACGCGUGAGGCAGCGACCAACGCCGGUCUCAUUACGAUGGAGAGAGGAGACAAAGCCUACCUCAAACUGGAGAGAGGAAACCUGAUGGGCGGCUGGAAAUACUCCACCUUCUCCGGCUUCCUGGUCUUUCCCUCAUAGAAAGAAGUUCAGGCAGAAAAUAGAGACAUUGAUAAAAAGCGCACAUUCAGCAGAAGGACGUGUUCAUAAGUGUUCAGACAGGGACACUUCUUCUGUUUCUGCUGGGCUUCUUCCUCUGCAUCUUUUCUAUAUGCAUGAACCUGCUUGUUAAGGUCAGGGAUGCACGUUAUAUGGCACUUUCCACAAAACAAGAUUCAAAAUAGGGUAUAAAUAUGUUCCUUUCUGACAAAUAAUCAGUGAACGGUGCUAAACCUUCAGAUUGUGGUGAUCAUCAUCAGCCUCAGGACGUCAAACUAAAUAUUAUAUAAUCUGUUAUCUUUUCAUUUUGCAAUCCUGUAACCUGCAUUAGGGACGUUUUGCUAUUUUCAGUUAACAUUAAAGAAAGAUUAAAACUGAAUAGGAUAAAUUGCACAACUUAAAAACACACACAUACACCCUACGUAGGGGAAAAACAAGGACACACUCAAAAAAAAAAAAAUGAAAUUCAUGCAGGUUGCACACAGAAAAUAAAGAUGAAUACUACUUUUUUCAGUGAUUAAGCAUUUUGCAUAUAUUUUUGCUUACAAAGCAUAUAUCCAAUUGGGCAGAUUACGUAUGAUUUUAAUUGUUUGAUGCAGGUGUGAAAGUCGUGAUAUCUGAGGUUGAGUAGGACAUAAUUGAUGUUUAAAUCUAAUUAUUCCAACUGUACAAUAAAAUUCUGAUGUUUUGAAGCAUGAAUGAUUCUAAAUUGCAGCCUCUUUUGUUUUUAAACAAUAGAUAAAAGAAUAUAGAUUUAUGAUAUCAGCCAUUACGUCAUAAUUAUUCAUCAUAAAAACAAUUAUUGAUCAUUCUUAUUGGCCAGAAUUGAUAUUCUGGUGAAUCCCUACAUGUUGGACAUCCAUCAAACAUCCUAAGGCAACAUGCAAAACUAUCUUUUUUGUUUUGUUUUUUGUUUUCAUUUAUUUGUCGAUUUUGAGACUUUUCCAUAAUAUUCUUUCAAGCUAAUGAAAAAAAAAAAAAAAACAUCCAAACUAAGCAUAUAAGUGUUUAUUUUAUUACACUUUAUCUAUUUGUGUCUGUCGAUUUCAACUACAGUGCAUAUCUUUAAAGGUAAUUUCUUUCAAGAUGAGUUUUUUACUCCACACUUAGCCAUUUUAUUCCUGUCUAUAUUCUGAAGGUUUCUACUGAGGAGUUUUAUUAUACACUUCAUCUACUUGAAUCUGUAGAUUUCAAUUACAAUGCAUGUUUUUAUAGGCCAUUUUCUCUGAACGAGAUUGUUUCUCCACUUCAGCAGCACUUAAAUGCACUAAAAUUUUACAGUUAGCUAUAUUCUCAAGGUUUAUACUGAUGGGUUUGUUCGUAUAGCAUUUACCUGAUUUUAUACAGAAUUUUAUUCCUAAUGGUAAAAUUGUAUUUGUUUACUGUCGGUUUGACAGUAUUUUCUGAUUUAUUAAGACAAAGCAAUUGUCUUCCUUCCCCUGUUGAUUAAUCACAUUAAAGUAUGUUGAUAUUU